AUGGCUGCAACAAUAGAGAGAUAUCUUCAGAGCACUCAGGAUGGGAGAGCGGAACAUUUAUUCCGUAUUCUUGUUCGAAAUCGUGGUUCGGUUGUUUUGCUGUGCUUUGCGGCCAGUUGUAUUUUUAGAGGGACAGUUUUCUUUGAAGUUGCUGUUCUCCACAAUCCACAUUGUACUGGAUUCUCUAGUAUGGGUUUAGCAGUGGCAAGAAUUUUCACGAAUCCCGUUCAUGAUGCUAUAUGGAGAUUCUGGAUUCGAAAAAUUGUCACUGUCUUUCUUCCUUUCGCUGUACUCGCAUGGUUCAAUGCGGCUAUCGUCUUCAGCGUCCAGAAAACCGAUCGUGAUCAAACCGUGAAAGCGCUCGUGUUGUUUACAACUGUUGGAUCCAGGGCGGAGAUCACCAGGUUACGAUCACGUCUUCGAGCCGUCACGCGAAUGUUGGUGAUGGUGGUCUGUUGUUAUUUGGCCUCCAACAUAAUCGACGUUGUAAUUGCUUUCUGGGAGACCAUUGACAUCACGUCACUGUACGCUUAUCGAGGAUUCUACACGGUAACAACGGAUAUCUCAUCGUUUCUACCGAUCCUAGCAUGUGCACUUCGUCUUCCUAUAUACGCAGCGAAUGACAAACAGAUCCGAACGGAGGUAUCUGGGCAAAUGCGCGACAUCUUCGGCCGAUUGUGUGGAUUUUGUCCAGGAAUCGGUCAUUCUAUGCGAUUAGCGAAGAAAUUUCACAAUGGCACAGAGAUCGAGAACGAAAAACUCGUUAUCAACGGCGCACGAACGAAAUCGUCAUUGGACGGGAAUUUGGAGGUCGCGAGCGGAGUACGCAACAACAGGUAUAGCUGUUCUAAUCAUGGCCAGGUGCAAGUUGGCUUCCUUGGAUCAACGUCCGGAUGUCGAGAAUUUUCAGGAGAUUGUGAAGGUCUAAAGCGAACCGCGAUAUCUUUAUAG